CCUCAGGAAGAAGGGCCCGCCUGCGCCCCUCGCUGGUCCCGGUCUUCCGGGACCUUACCCGAGUGAUGCCCCGCUAUUGCGCAGCGAUUUGCUGUAAAAACCGCCGAGGACCGAACAAUAAAGACCGGAAGCUGAGCUUUUACCCGUUUCCUCUACAUGACAAAGAAAGACUUGAAAAGUGGUUAAAGAAUAUGAAACGUGAUUCUUGGGUUCCUAGUAAAUACCAGUUCCUAUGUAGUGACCAUUUUACUCCUGACUCUCUUGACAUCAGAUGGGGUAUUCGUUAUUUAAAACAAACUGCAAUUCCAACAAUAUUUUCUUUGCCUGAAGACUAUCAGGGAAAAGACCUCUCCAAAAAAAAAUCUCAGAAGAAAAAAUUGGAAGAGAAAGAAGUGUGCCUAAAAGCCAGGUCAGAAGAAUCAUUUACAUCAAAUGAGGCAAAGAAUAUUACAGUUAACACAGAUGUACUUCCUGAACAUGCAGAAUUGCUUGAUUCAUCUGCCUUGGUGAAGCCAACAGCUCCAAAGCCAGGAAGCUUACAAAAUAAAGUAUUAACUCUUAAUCUAGUUAAGCAAGACACUGAAAAACUGAAAUCUACCCUGGAAAAAUCAGUUAACCAAGAUUUAGGUUUAAGAGGAUUUCAUACAUCUUUUGAGAAUCAAAAUUCUACAACUAUUACUUUGACAACUUCAAAUUCAGAAGUUAGUCACCAGUCUUUGGAAAGCCAAGAAGUACUUGAAAUAACAACCAAUCAUCUUGCUAAUCCAAACUUUACAAAUAAUUCCAUGGAAAUUAAAUCACAGGAAAAUCCAUUCUUAUUCAGCACAGUUAAUCAAACAGUUGAAGAUAUAAACACAAAUAAACAAUCUGUUAUUGCCAUUUUUGUGCCCACAGAAAAUUCUAAACCUGUAGUUAAUUCCUUUAUACCUGCCCCCAAAGAAACCAUGGAAAUGGAAGACAUAGACACUGAAGACUCCUUAUAUAAGAAUGUAGAUCAUGGGGCAGAAGUUUUACAAAUUGAACAUUCUUAUUGUAGACAAGACAUAAAUAAGGAACAUCUUUGGCAAAAAGUCUCUAAACUACAUUCAAAGAUAACCCUUCUAGAGCUACAAGAGCAACAAACUCUAGGAAGAUUAAAGUCUUUGGAAGCUCUUAUAAGCCAGCUAAAACAGGAAAACUGGUUAUCAGAAGAAAAUGUCAAGAUUAUAGAAAACCAUUUCACAACAUAUGAAGUCACUAUGAUAUAAAGAAGUUUCAAAGCUAAACCAAAUUUUUUUUUCCAGCUAAACCAAAUUUCCUGUAAAGUGAACUUUUUCCUAUAUAAUGUUCUCAUCUUGAUGAAGUUACAAAAGUGCUCUAAUAUCAUGAACUGCAUCCUAUUCUUAAAAUGCUCAUUAAUAAGAAAAAUAGUUGUUGUGAAGAAGAGAAAAAUAGUUAUAUUAUUGGGUAGUUUCCCAAAUUAAAAUAUAGUAAAUAGAUAAUAAGUCAGUAAUAGGAGACCAAUGAUAUGGUCAAAACACCCCAAAAUAGAUGAGGUUGGUUCUACCACUGACACAUGACAUGACCAAAGUACUUAUCAAGAUUGUAAAAUAAUCCCUAAUUUGUAAAAUAAGGGCCCUUACUAGAACUCAGUCGGUUUCUUUGUAGUCCCUUCCCUUUGUAUUUAUUGAUACUUUUAUUAAAACAGUUUUUCUAUAAGAUUAUAUGUACUUAUAUAAUAGAAAUUGGGGAGAAUUUGAUAUUCACUAUUAUUGCAUUCUCUGACCUUUUAGCUAUAGUUAGGUAUCUUACAUAAAGGAAAAUAUGGCUAUUCUAAUUUUUAUUCAGUUGAACUCAGCUUUUAGGAGAGGUACCUUAAACUUGAAAGAAUAUAUAUUUCAGUACCUUAUAUAUAGCAGACCGUGUUUAAGUCAUUUAAGUUUUUUAACAUCCUUAUUUAUAAAAUUAUAUUUAUAAACCAAAAAUAUAGGUUAAUUUUAAAUAUAUAUGUAUAUUUUAGAAAUUAUAGUCUGUAUCUAUUUCUUAAUAGGUAUAGCUUUUAAAGUAUAUGCUUGUAUCAUUUUUUAAAUCCAAAAUAAUAGAGUAAUACUUUAUUAUAUAUUCCCACGUAUGUAUAUUUUAUUAAAAUUUAUAAGCAAAUUAUAGAUAAGUGAUGAUGUCCUUAGGAAAACAAAGUUUUUCUCUUGGGAAAGAGAAGUGUUGGUGAUAUAAAUAAAAAUAAAGUUUAUAUCUGCAUGAGCUAAGAAAUAUAAAUGUAAAAGCAAAGUCGUUUUGGUAACAACCCAAAUGUGAACAAGAGACAAUAUGUUCUUUAAUAUCUGUUAAAAAUAAAAAAUACUGCUAUCUAAAA